UGCGCAUGCGUAGUGGACAGCAGCGCGACUUAUAUGUGCGAGGAGGUAUUUCUCGCAACACCACCACGUUCGCGCACGUUGUUUACUUGUGGCGCCAGCUGAGAUCUGGCACUGGCUCGGGCCCUCUUAUUUUCCCCUGUUACACCUGUUGCAGCCAGCAAUGCCUCUGACAUCUAUAUUGAAGAAGAAUGCCUUGGACUCACCCUCAUCAAACAAAAAAGUGCUCUUCUGCAUGCGGGAAUCAGCUCGUUCCCUUAUAUUCAAGUUCCGAGACACGAGAGACCAGUCAGUCUUUGCCAGCGCCUUUGACACCUUAAAAGGCUCUGCAUCAGAGGACGAGAAAUUAUCAUGGCUGUCACAGAUGAUAGAGUGUGUGCCACUGCUGGACCAGAAAGCUGAUAUACUUGUCUUAGAGUUCUUGAAAAUUCCAUGGUUUAAAUCCGAGAAGCUGUCUGUUGCUGCUGAGAGUUUCACAGUCCACCUCGUCACCGCUCAUAAUUAUUAUACAUACAAUGUUUUGAAGCAGCUCUUUACCCUCUUAGCAUCAGGUGUUGGUGGUGAGGAACAGGAGAAAGAAGCCUUGAGUGAAGAUGGAAAAGAGUAUUGUCAGAGGGUUGUAAGAGCAAUUGUUACCACCCAUAAACAUGUCCCAAUGAGUCGAGACCACCUACUAAUACUUGCAAGGAAGCGGAUGCCAUACUUCCGCCGCUUCAUCCGUGAGCAUGUGGCAUACACUUACAGCCUUCUUCUAUUGGCUGGCCACCUGCCACACCUGAGAGUGGGCUUUCUGGAAGUUAUUAUUACCAACAUGAUAACCAUGGAUGUUCAUACUCCCCGCUCUGAGCUGGCUAUGGAACUGGAGGAUGAUGAAAGCAGCGACGAGGAAGAAAUGUUUGAUAUGGAGGUUGAUGAAAGCAAUGUUAGUACUGAACCAGCUGGAAAUGGAAUAAAAGAAGGACCUCUCUGCAUGGAGCACAAAGACGGGAACUCUCUGGACGUGCUAAUGAAUCUCAUGUUUGGCUACAUUCAUGAUACUUGCCAUGGCAUCAAGAGUACUGCAAAACAGAAACAGAAUGACUUUAAUUCUGAAAAUAUUAGUGAACACAGAAAAAGUGAACCAAUGUGCAAACCAGGAAGUGUUAGAUAUGCUGAUAAUGAAAGUCGAAGAACAGCUGGCUGUGAAUGUGGUGGAAGUGAACAUGACCUAGAUGCAUUGAAAGACCUAUUUACAGAUCUCAAAGAAGUGUUUUCACGUAUCAUUUUGAAAACACAUGCUUCGUCACAUACUCAGUUCCUUGUGUUUUAUCUUCUUGCCCUUCGACCUGGACUUGCGACUAUCUUUUUAGACUUUCUGAGAGCUAAGAAGUUUGAAAACCCUAAUUGUUUUAGGGAUGAGAGGCACAAUGCCAUGGCAUACAUUGGGAGCCUGUUAGCAAGGGGAAAGUUCAUUCCCUUCUGCCAUGUCCAUUCAUGCUUGGACAUCAUCUGUUCGUGGUGCAAUUCUUACCUUGAAAAUCAGGAAAGAGUACAAGCCACAAACUAUGAGGACCUGCAUCUUCAUUCACCCUUCUACUUUGCCUGCCAGACAGUCUUCUAUGUGUUCACCUUCAGGUACAAGGAAUACACAGAAAAUACAAAAAGGCUUGCACUGGCACGGAGCCUCAACUUGGAGCGACUUGUGAUGUGUCAGCUGAACCCUCUGAGGGUGUGUGCUUCCCCCAUUGUCAAUAACUUUGCUGCAGUGACUCGACGCUUCCAACUGGCUUACUGCUACACUGUUAUGGAGAAUAACAAGCGGUUACAAAUCCCAUCAGCAAGCAGUGAAGGCAGAGUUUCAAGCAACACAACAUUAGAAAUGUUCUUCCCAUUUGAUCCCUAUUUACUAAUAAGGUCUAGAAAAUACAUAUCUAACCACUACCGGGAGUUUGACGGACUCCCUGAGGAAGCAGCAGCAGCAGAAGACGCCCCAGUAAACGAUGAAGACCUGCUGGAAAACAUAGUUUCUCCCAAAUCACUAGACUUCUCAUAUAGUCUUUCACCAGGAUAUCACAAGUGGUAGAGGGAUAUAUCAGUGGACUUUUCUUACAGCCCUUAUAGCUGGAGCAUGAAGUGUAGUGGAAGGGCAGUUUAGCUGCACCAUUAAAUAUCAAAAAACAGACCCAUUGGCCACUUAUUGAAAGAGAAAGAACUGUGCAGCUGGGAGCACAGCCACCACUGUAACCUACUUUAUAAGAUGCUGGGAUAGGUCAUGUCAUAUUGAACAGUGAGCUCAUUUGAGGCUUAUUAUAGACAAGCUAUUCUUGAUAAUCAGUUCAAGCUAAACCUGGCCAUCAAAUCCUCAAACAUGCUCAUGAAUUUUUGUUGAAGCUCUAGUCAAGAAAAUGUGUUAAAAACUUCAUAGUAACAUUCACAGAAUAUACUCAAGGGUAAAAAAAUAUGUGUAGAUUGAUGAUGAGAGGACUGCAGUUUAGAACUUGAGAAUUAUUGAAAUAUUGUAUAUUACUGUACCAGCCACUUAAUUAUAGAAGAAAAUGUCUUUCAUCUGUAAUUAAUAUCAUCUUGACAUUAGAACCACUGUUAACUUCACAAUUUUGGCCCCAUUUAUCAUCUGCUCGACAUGCCUAUCAUUUUUUACCCUGAUCACUUGCUUUUAUGUUUUCCUCGUAAUGCCAUGCACAUAGUUGUUCGGAUAUAUUUUCUACUUUUACUUUCCUCACAUCAGUAUUCCAUAACAUGAUCAUCUGGCUUUAGUUGUUACCUGAAAUUUUUGUGUCACUGUGCCCCACUAAGAUGUAACCUAUUAUCUUCUGUCUUGUGUGUAUCUCUUUACACAAAAUAUAUUUGAAGAUAUUCUUGGGCUUGAGGAAAGAAUUGGUAUUUUGUGUGUAACUAAUGCCCCCAAAAUCAGAAAAUGUAAAUUUGCAUAAUGGGAAAUUAAUAACUAAUAGGAAAAAUAUAGAUGGUCCCAAUUAAGCAGAUCUGGACUGAUUAUUUGCCAAAGUCCUUUGUAGAAUACCACAAUGAUGGUUUUUCUCCAGUCUUCCAGCACCUCACCAUGCGCCCUGGCUAAUUACACAUCCACAACGUCCACUCUACAAGUACAUAUUUUUCAGUAUUUUUGCUGUUAUGCCAUCAAUGCCAAGGGCUUUUCUUAUUUUUGACUUCUUUAUUGCCUCCUCUAUCUCACCCCCUUCUCUGGAUAUGGCUGCCUGACAAAUUUUUACUCCUAUAUUGAUUAUUUCUACUCUCCUUCACACAUUUUCAUUAAUCACCUCCUUUAUCUCAUUCCUUUUCACGAGCUCCCCAUUAUUAUAAUGUAAAAUUCAUAUUAACAUUACCAUAAGCAGGAUAUAUUUUAUUUAUCAUUACUUAGUUUUCUAAUCUAAACUAAAAAUGAAAAUUUACCUAUUGACUCAAAUUUGAAUCAUUACCCUUUGCCUGAAGGAUAUCCAUUAAAAAAAAUUGUGGUAAUUUUUUAAUUGGCUUUAAUUGUUUACAGACCAAUUUAAUCUAUUAUAUGUCAUUUGUUUUCCCAUGUCAUUUUUAAUGUCAAGUGAUGUUUCUAGAGGUUGGGUGAACAGCAGAAAGAGUCAUUACCAUUUUGACCAGUGAUUAGGCAUGCACAGUGAAGGGAGGGUCCAAUUCUCAAGCCCAGCUUCUUGUAAUCCAUUUGGUGUGUCCCUGUUUUUUUGUUUACAACAUGCACUGUGAUGUGGAGAUGUCCUAAUCCUCAUGCCAUGGGACAGUUUUAGGUAGGGAUAUCUAAAAGAUGAAAGUUUACUAUUUAUUUAUCCAAGACAUAGGGAUCAAGAGCACCUCUUCAUAUCCCAUUGCAUAAUUUAAGGGGCAGCUGAAUGGAGCAUAGUCUGUACAGUACUGGAGGUUUUGAAGUUCAAGAAUAGUCCCUUGACUAUUUUUACUCAGAAUACUUGUCAAGGUAAUCAGAUGACCUUUCAAGGGCUCCUUCAAUUAGCUUCUAUCAAAAAUAAAGUGAACAAUGAUUUUAAUGUUGCUUAUAAAAGAUAUUAUUAUACUGUAAGAACUGUAUAAUUUUUUGUUGAUAUUGCAUGAUAUAAUACCACUCAACUGUUUAUGGUUAUAUUCUAAAUAUUUUUAUAUAGAAAUUUUGGGAGGGUAAAGAAAUUAAUUAAUUGUAAUUGGUGAGUAAAGAUCGAAAUGUU